CAUUAAUAACGGUUUCGACAGUCCUCUAAUAAUGUUAAGUUUCGUUUUUUGGAAAUGGAGAGACUAGGCUAUAUAUAUUCGCUGCUGGGCUGCUACACUCAUUCAACAUAUCUGGCAGGAACAGAAGCCGACACAAAUGCGAGAUGGACAACUGGAUUUCAGCCUUUAUGAUGCUAUGGCUUAUCAUUUGUGUCGGCUCCUCUCCCCUCUCAGUGGUUGUCCAUAUGUCAUCAAAGGUUGGUCUGCCAGCUGUCCUGCCGUGUUCUGUGGCAUCACACCUGGAGUCUGAUCACACGCCUCACAUUCAGUGGCAGACCAUAAGCUAUUCAGUGUUUGAGCGAAUGGGACAGGAGCAGUUUCAGGGGGAGGCUUAUAGAAACCGAGCGGAUGUCCCAGAGGAACUGCUUGUGAGAGGAAACUGCUCUUUGUUCUUGCAGGAUGUCAGAUUCAGCGAUGCAGGCAUUUAUGAGAGUUACUUGGUGUAUGGUGAAUCAAAUAUCAAGAACCGAAUUUUCAUUCAGAGUGUCCAUCUUGCAGUAAUUGAUCACAAGGCCAUCAAAUCUGUGGAGAUUGGGGCAGACCUGAUCCUGGAUCUGUACACGCAUCAAGCUGAGCAAGUGAUUUUUCAAAACGGUAAUGAAACCGACUGGACAGUCCUGUGGGAGAAAGAUGGAGUCAUAAACAAGAAAGGUUAUCUGAAAAAGAGAGACAACAAGUUGAUUAUCAGGAGGGUUACGGCCAGCAGCGCCGGAACAUACACAGUUCUUGACUCAGAGGGUUUGGCUCUCAGCACAGUGAAGGUCAAAGUUACAGAACCUGUGCUCACAAAAGAAACAGAAACUCUGCAAAUGCAGUCUGCAUCAGGUAAAGCUACAAUGAGUAUGCCUCUAAGCAUCAUUACUCUUUUCCUCACAUUUAAUCUAAUGCUUCAAAUGAUUUAAGAUCGUUCUGAUUUAAACUGUAUUUUUAAUUUAACCUUUAACUGAACUAUUUUUGCCUAUAUUAUGGGACAAGUUAGGUGUAAAGCAAUUGUGAAAAGCAAGAUGUUUCAUAUACUGAAUUUCAUAAGUCUGGUGUUCUCUGACUUGGCAUCUAUGAAAGCUCACUAAUGUGUGAAUACCUGAAACCUGUAUGUGGAUACUUUUGUAGUGGUUAUUUUACUGUACAUU